UUAAAGUUUUUAAAAAAUUUAGGUGGCUGACUGGCUUUUGUUAGAAAUUUUUAAUCAGAUAUUAGGAUUAAGUUCGCUCAUAUUUCUUUGAUUUUUAAAUAUGGAAUUAUUACAAAAGAAUAUCUUGGAUCUGGUCAGGAUUUUCAGAAGGGAAUGUCGGAAGAGAUCUGAAUAUGAAAGGACUACACUAUAUGGAGCAAAUGAUAUGCUUCUUGGUUUACAACUUUGCAUGGCAGAAGUGAAUAAAAAGGACUUUGGAGAUUUCACAGUUUCUCUGAGUGAUCUGAUGGAAACUUGGAAAUACUUGCUGCAUGAAAAGCUGCAUUUGAUAUCGGAGGAUGAAAGUAUGCCAGAAAAAUAUACAGAUAUCAAACAUUGUUAUGACACACUUCUUAACAAAAGCAAUGCACUGGAUCUGAUUGAUGUUUACUUCAAGUGUGUAAAGAAGAGUCCCGAAUUUGAAACUGGUAAACUAAUCUCCAAAGAGCAACUUCUGGAGUUUAUUUUGGGACCUCCAGUGUGUUUAGAUGACGAUCCCCUGCCUCCUGUUAUUCCUUCAACUCCCUCAAGAGCUAAAGUUCAUAUGAAGUCUAAGGUAAGAAAGAUAUUAACAUCCUCUUUGGCUGUAAUUGUUUUCUUGAUACUGGCUGCAACAUCAUUUAUCAGAGCUUUAGAACUUGGAGGAAAAGGUUAUGCUCCAUUAGAUUCAGAUCCUUUAAGAAAGCACAUAAAAGGACUAUGUGACUUUGUGCGUUUUACUGAUAAACUUGAAGAGAUACUUGGAGAAAUUCCCGAUCCAUGUGUUGCAGGGAAUCGGAUUUUGUCCGCCAUAAAAAUGCGUUUGCUAAAAGGUCGGAGCAGUGGAGAUCUCUUUUCUGUUGCAGUAGAGGAAGUUGUCCAAGAGCUGGAUGUGAGGAUUAAAAAUAUCAUCAAUGCUCAACGCAAAGAUGCCCAUGUGAGCAGCACUGACAUGAGCCCAGCUAGGCCCAAGUCCUAUGCCAUAAAUCAUUGCACUGCAUACUGUGGCAGAGAAACUGUGAAGACAUUUUUGAAUCUUCUUGAUGAAGAAGCAACAUCUCUUCCAAGCAGGAACAAGGCAGAUUUGUUGUAUGGUGAUGACAGUGCAUUAGUGUAUGGUGUGGAUCAUAUACUAACUCUCUUUAGGUCUCCUGAGCAGUCAAGUGAUUCGUCACCAAAGUCUUUGAGACAAAGAGUCCAAAAACGAAUCAGUGAAGGCAAGGCAAAGGUAAAACAAACUUUAAUCCGGUCCCAGUUUGCCUGUACAUACAGAGAGGAUAUGGUACCAGUUCAGAGCACAACUGUAGUAGAUUUUGAUGAGCAUCAUCAUCCAACAGAAAUUCUGGAUCCAAGUGUAAGACAGCCCAUACUUGGAACCUAUUUUGGAAAUGUUCAGCAAAAAGGAAAUGCAAAUAAGGGCUCAGGGGGAGAGAGUAGUAUGCCAGAAACUAAAUGUCUAAAGAGGAAACAGGUGGAGUUGAACACAGACAAUGCUAUCUGCGGUAAUGAAAAUGAACCACCUCAAAAGAAAGUUAUUGCAGGAUCUAAGACAUCAAAACGACCCCAGAACAAGUUGGACAGCCGACCAGCAUCAGGGAAAAGCAGCAAAGCUACAGCCAAGAACAAACUGAUUGCUGGCCAGGCAAAGUUAACUAACUUCUUUAGAGUCUAAUAACUGUGAUUAGAUUUCAGCUUCUACAAACUAUUAGUGUACAUAUAUAUAUAUUUUUUAACUUUGUUGUGUGUAUGUAAGUGUUUAACAGAAGUCCUGCUUCACUGUUGCAUUUAACAUAUUUUAUUUGUAUAUUACAGCAUCAGUAAUGCAAUAUUUUACAGGCUAAGAUGCAGAAGUAAAUUUAUUUUAUUAUUGUUUGUAAGAUUGUUCUGUAACUUGCACUCAGUAUAAUUUUAGCAUUUUGUACAACUUUAGAAUAUAGAUCAUUAAAUUAAGAAAUAGACUAUUAAAUAAAACCAGGAACACUUGAAUCUU